UUCAACCAAAAUAUAAAAAUAAAAGAUCUUAGAAUAGAAAAUUUUGAUUAAUUAUGCCUACAAAGGAAGCAUUCGACUACUUAGAAGCGUUCGAAAUAAAUGGAGAACAUACAGAGUUUGUUGUGCAAAAGUUUACAAACAAAACACUCGUAAUUGUCUCACAAUUUAAGAAAAUUGGGAACUUUUAUGCAGUGAAAAAUCAAGUGUUUAGUGAUCCAUCAAUGUUGGCAGGUAGAAGCACUCAGAUCUUUGACAUUAGACAGAAAUUCGGAGCAUCAAGCAUAGACAUUGAAGGAGCUAUAAGAUAUCUCAUGAAUUUCAUCGAUUGUUCACAAGAAGUCCUAUUUUCGUUGUCUCUGAAAAAUCCAGAAGAGAUUGAUAAGGAUACAAUGGAUAAAAUUAAGGAUGUAUUAAUUCAAAUACCGGUUCUUAGAAAAUAAACUUAAUUACAUUACAAAAUAAUUUAAUGAUCAUCUUUAUUGGGUCCAGGGCAGUUCGAUUUCAUGUCACUUGCAUCCUUAUAAUGUUCACUACAAUAUUCACAAUAAAAGUACGAAUUUCUAAGAAAUUUCCUCAGCAUUUCC